AUGUCGUCCUUCCUUAUUGCAGUCGCGCUCACACUUUGCAUCGGACAUGCAGACCGCCCGAGCGAGCUCUCCAUUCUGGUGAGCGAGCUCACGGAAGCAGAGGGCACGUGUGAUGAGCAGGCCAUCCUACAGAGCAUUGAAGACCAGAUGGGCGUGGAGCGGAGGCAGUGGAUCGAGAGUCAGAGCCCUGGCUUCGAGAUCUCGCUGCACCCGCUGUUUAAGGUGCUGCCCCGCACGCCCAACGGCAACCUCAGGCCGGACGUGGCCAAGUACGCGCUGCACCGAGUCUUUGUGGAUGCCAGAGGUUGGUUCGUCAAGGGCCUGGAGGAGUUCAACAUGCGGAACGCGUCCUCGCUGCCGUCGCUGGUGGGCGUGCUGCAGGGCCAAGUGCCUUCGGCGGUGCUGGAGGCCUUCGGGCCGUGCGUGGACCAGGAGGUGGCGGUGCGGCCCUUGGCGCUGCUUGCGGCUGCCCUGGACGAGCUCGUGCACCGGGAGGUGCUGCAGCGGACCACCAACGUCUUCAAAUCCAAGAGGUUGCCCGUCUUCGGCAACGUGGACAUUAAGCAAAUGGAGGAAGUGCUAGAGCAGGUCAUGCUGGGUUACAUCUUGGAUGCUGGGGCAAUUCCUGCUGCGGAGCAGGACAAGUACCUCUCGGGUGAGCUGGACGUCAUGGACAAGUACCCCAACUGGCCUGAGCUGCGGCGAUUCCUCCGCAGCAUCCAGGAGAUCCUGGCUCCGGCCAAGUCGGGGGUCCUGAAGUUCGAUGACUUGGCAGACAUCAUCAAGGAGCUGAAUGAGCAUUAUGGGCAUUGGCAGGACGGCGAAUGCCAGAUCUUGUCCAGGGAACUGCAGGAGCUGGAAGAUCAAUGUCCUGGACACGUGAGCUUGCACCGCUUCUACGCGGCCCAGUUGUACCAUGACAAGUGGCAGUUCUCCGAGAGUGCGGAAUACCUCCGCUCCCUGGGGGCACUGGAGGAGAAUGAUGUCCAGCGGCCGAGGUUGGUGUCCACGAACUACGUGCUGGGACCCAACAACUGCGUCUCGACGUCCCGAUUCUACUCCCAGUGCUGCUUGAACAGGUGCGACCGACACCUGUCCAAACUGGAGCGGGCGCUCCAAGCCCCGGAGGCCUCCCCGAAGGCGCUGUGGGCCGCCGUCGCGGCGGUGCUGCCUCAGCCGGAGGCGGCGGAGGGUGCCUUGGAAACGCGUCUGGACCGCAUCGCGAGCGCGGGGAACGGCAAGGUGGCGCUACAUGGCCACCACUUCGCAGAGUGGCUCCACCAUGCGUACCCUCGCGAGUGUCCCGCUCCGCACCAUGCCGGGGUUUUGGGCGAGCUCCCCGAGGAGUAUGAGUCACGCACUGGCCUUGAGCCGUCCUUGACGACUCAGAAAACCAAGGAAUACCUUGAGAUGUCCAAGUUGGACAGCAAGGGGGAGGGAACUUGCAAUAUUCCAUGGAUGUCGGAGAGCAUGCUCCUCCCAGACUUGGAAUGGAAUGAGGAGCCACAACAGGCGAGGCGCCUCAUGGAGUUGGGGAACAUGGGCUCGCCAGCGGCUCUUGCUGGCAUUGGCAUGGUUCUUGCAGCCCUCGCCGGGCUGCAGCUGGCAUUCAAGGCGCGAGCGGAAAGCAUUUGA